CAAGUGUUUUCACAAAUCUAAUGACUUUGCUUUAUAAUUACGAAUCUCUCGCUAAUAUUAAAUAAACAAUGUAACUUUCAGCAAGUGCCAAAAUUAGAGUGAAAACAGCUUUUACGACUUUAUGUUUAUGCAAAAGUUUUGAUAAAAAUGGAGUUUUGGAUGAAAUAUUUUGCUACAUGCACCAUUUUGCUACUGAUAACGUUGGAAUGUUCCUGUCAACGUUAUUAUCGCCAAGAACAACUUGAUGGAAAUCUUUGCGGAAAUAAACGAACACUUCUGACGUUUCUCACACAAACAAUGAACAAAUAUGAAAUUCAUUUCAAUAAUGAAGUGAAUUCAGUCGUUCUUGAAAAAAGAUUUAAUGCAACUGCAGUUAAAAGGUUACAAAGUGACUGCACUUUCAAGAUCGACACGCGACUAUUCUCAAAAGAUUCGGGCAUUUAUGUUAACAUACUGAAAAUGCGAUUACGACAAGUGAAAUUGACAGGUGUUUGCAUCGACUCCAUAACAAUUAAAUACAAUGAUGAUGUUAAAAAGAGAUAUUGCGGAGAACUUCCUCCAGGAGAGAUAAAAUCAAUUGAAGAUAUUAAAGGGAAAGUGAAAAUCACUGUCAGUAUAGAUCGAGGUCGUCCUCUCAAUGAUGACGAAGUGAUAGAGUUUCAAAUCGCAGCGACAGCUUACAAAGAUUGUGAAAAUUUCAAUCGCGAGUUUAAUUGCAAGCCAAAUAUGAAGCGAAGUUGUAUUAGCAGUAAUUUUGUGAAUGAUUCCAUUAUAAAUUGCCUUGAACCGAGUUGUAGCGAUGAACGCUAUGGCUGCCAAACAUCGUCCAUACUAUCAUCCGUCACGGAAGAGCCAACAGUGAUAAACAAUUUACCACAUAUUUUCUUAAGUGCCAUUACAUCACUUCUUCUAACGAUGCUGUGCUGUGGUGGAUGUUUCUUUAUUGUUUUAAAGUUAAAGAAUUGGGCGAAUCCACCACCAACUUCACAGACAUCAACAAGAAUUCAUAGAAGAGGGAUAAGAAGAAGAAAUGGUGAUGGAGACGCUCAAACAUCUUCAUCACCAAAUUCAACACCAACAGCUCCACCAAAUUUCGAUAAAGAUGAUCUUCCUCCCUCAUAUGAUGCACUUUUUCCAGAGGGUCCGAAGCAAGAAGCAGUAAAUACUUAAAUUUAGAGUUAAUUUCAUUGAAUCUUGAAGUUUAUUAGAUGAUAAAGUGAAGAAUCUUUUACUUAUAUUCGGAAAGAAAUUUGUUUAGGCGUAAAUUAUGUAAAUGAAGUUAUCCAUGAUCCCAUACGGGAUUUCCUUGUAUUCAACACAAGACAAGAAGAAAGCUUUUUCUAUUUUAUUCGAGUCACAAGAGUUUAUUUUACAUUUAGUGCUGCAGUAUUCUUAACCUGCUGUUAAUGAGAGAAACUUAUGUAGGCGAAAUGUUACAUUGCAUUGUGAACAGUUUUGGAAGCUGUUAAGUCAAUUUGUGGAUCUCGUUUUACGCAAAAAAAAACUUUUUGGUUUUCACAAAUAUAUUUCGCUCAAAUAGUAAUAAUAUACAAAUUCAAUCUAAAUUCUAUCGAGAAAAUUUACAAAACUUAUUUAUAAUCUAAAGAGUGAACGUUUAUCUAGAGAUAAGUUAACUAAUAAUUUAAACAUAAUUCUUAUUCCUUAAGGAAAUCUUUUUUUUUUUCUCUUAUGAAUGAAUGUGAGUUUUUGCUUAACUUUCCUAUAGAGAAGAAAACAGCCAGACGUUGGUUAACUGAUGAAAAUAAUUAAGAAAUGAUAACUUUAUUAAUAUAAAGAAAUUGAAUGAUUUCACGUUUCAAGAAAUUAACAAAACAAAGAAAAGAAAAACUGAUAUUGGAAUUAAUUCCUAUUCUACUUGUGAUGAUGUUACGCAAACUUCUUAUUUUCAAAGAAUAGACUUUCAGGAAAAUUAAUAAUAAAAUAUUUAAUUAAUAAUUUACUGGUCAAAUAUUUCCAAUUGUUUCGCUUUUUGUUUCUGUUUACAGAGGUUUGGAUUUUACUA